AUGCGAAACACCGCCUGUCACUUGCCCAAUGGCCUCACCUUUGACGUUUCGCCUGUUUUUGGUGGGGUCACCUUCAAAUCCAAUGACUUCAACAUACAUCACAAGUCCACCUUCCCCCAGAGGAAUCGCAAGACGGACAAAGAUGAUGCAAACCCAGAGAAUCCCCGCGACUUGGACGAUAAUUUUGGCCGUUUCACAACCCCCACCUUGACCCGCGACUCCCUCUACAUCUCGUAUAUAGUCAACCCACCAACAACCGACUUCAAGUCCGUGAUCUCACCCACACGCCAGAUCGCCAUGAUGCUCUGGGCAACACUAUGGUGGUACUUCCACGAGCCAGAGCCAGACCUGCACGUGGAGACUGCCGCCUCAACCAAGACCCCGCCCAACGGACGACCAAAGGGCGAAUGGCGGAUCAAGGUCAAGCGGGAAGGAAUCUUCAAAGGCCGGAACCUCCUCCAAAAGCUCGAGAGAAUGGGCCUGAUCGCGACCGAAGACUCUUCCGUCGGCCUCCAGCCCAUCGAAACCCGCGACUCAAGCAGCUGGUCAACGAUGUUCGUAAGCAGACGCAGUUUCUGGCAGCUCGACCCACGUCUUUUCCUCUUCACAUUGACGCCAACCGGAACUCCAGCCACACCUCCCGUCAGGUCGCUUAAUGGGUCGCCCACGCCCGAUGGUAGAACCACCGCAGCACCGCCGACACUAUUACCUAUGGAAGCAACUUUCCACACGGCGAAUAUGGGCCAGUUCACCUCCGUAGGACCGUUCACGUCUGGCAGCCAUCUCCCAACAUACUACCCGCCCCCACCAAUGCAGUUCACCUCCACGAACGGAAUCCGACACCCCGUGCGUCCGAAACCGCCGCAUCAGGGCGAGGUGUUCUAUGUGCGAUACAUCCCCAGUAUGAGCCAGUAUCUCUCGUUCCGCGUGGCGUUUGUGCCGAUGACGUCGCAGGGAAGCGUUGCUGGUGGUCAGAGCGGAACGCCUGUUAGCACAUCUGUGACGAGCAUCGCGCAGCAUCUGACUGACAACAUCUCCUCUGAUCUGGACACACUGCAUCGGUGGAUGAAUGUGCCGCGGGUUGAGGCGAUGUGGGCUGAAGGCGGACCGAAAGCUGUGCAGGAGAAGUUCCUGUUGGCUACUCUGACUAGUCGACACAGCUUCCCUGUUAUUGGAUGUUGGGACGGGAAGCCGUUUGGGUAUUUCGAGAUCUACUGGGUCAAGGAAGAUCCGCUCGGACGACUUGUGGAUCAUGCGGGUAAUUAUGAUCGUGGUAUUCAUUUGCUGGUUGGAGAACAGGAGUUCCGCGGCGCGCAUCGGGUUGCAAUCUGGUUGAGUGCGUUGGUGCACCACUGCUUCCUAGCGGAUAUGCGGACUGAAUCUGUGGUGUUGGAACCGCGGGUUGAUAACCUCAAACUCAUUAAUUACCUCCAAGAAGCAGGCUUCUAUAAGGAAGGCGAGGUCAGCUUCCCGCAUAAGCACUCUGCCAUUAUGAGGAUCAAGCGCGAGCACUGGGAAAGCCCAGCGAUAUAG